AUGGCGAUCUUUGAGAGCGUCUUUACGACGUUUCGAAAGAAUCGACCAUACAUCUUCCACACAUUCUGUGAGGAGGAUGAGAUCACUCAUUUAUGUUUUGCUGACGAUUUGUUCAUUCUCGCGCAUGCUGACGUAGAUUCCAUAAAAACUAUAAGAGUUGCACUAAUAUUUUUUUCUGAGGUUACAGAUUCAACUAUCAACGAGAACAAGAGCUUGGAAUUCUACGGAAGAGUAAAAGAGGAAAUGAAAGCAAACAUCUAUAACAUCAUGGGCAUCGCAGAAGGAAACUUCCCGGCAAUAAAGAAACUUACAUACACUGGAAGAAUUGAGCUGGUCAAAAGCAUGGUAAUGGGAAUCAUUAGUUAUUGGUCACAACUACUCGUGCUCCCAAAGAAGGUAGUGAAAAAACUUGAUGCUCUAAUGAGAAACUUUAUUAAGGGAAGCAAUGGGAGAGGCGGGAAGAAGGUUAAAUGGACUGUACUUUGCAAACCAAAAGAAGAAGGUGGCAUAGGGCUCAAGAACUAUGUUGAAUGGAAUAAAGUGUUGACGUGUAAGCACCUAUUGGCCAUCGAGAGCAAACAAGAAUCACUCUAG